UAUAUUCAUCAGACCCCCUCCCUCUUCUCUAUCUCUCCAUCUUCGCAUUUCUUGUGCAUCAAAUCCUCCAAAAAACAAGACAUUCUCAACAAUCUACUAUAUAAACUAACCUACUCUCAAGAUUUAUGCCCUUUUGCUCAUCCGACUUCGUAAAGGGUUGGAACUUGGAAGACUUUGGAUUGAAUUCAACAGUGAUUACAGAAUUUUCUUGAAUGAACUAUGAAACUAUCUUUAUUGAUAUAUAAACAACAUGUGAUUCCUCCAAUUAUGCUUCAGAUGACUUUUGACUCGAAGAAUUUAGCAACACCCAUGUUGUAGUUUCUUGAUAAAAUGGAGUAAAUAUGCUCGUAUAUGAGGAUGGAAGUGAUCUUGUUGAGUUUUCUACUAUUGAUCCAAAUACCAAUCAUAUUCGCCUCAGGAGUUUUGCCUUUAAAGGGUUGUAACACUUACAAUAUCCACUAUUCAAGUAAUUAUAAUCACAAGUUGUUUUAUUUAAAUGGAGAAUUAGUAAGCAAAGAUUCAUUUUGCAAAUCUCUCAAGUCAAAUCAUGCAAACGAUUGUUUCAUCAAUACAAAUCUUGGAAGCCAUUGCCAUGAAUUCGAUCAAUCUUCAGAAGGGAGGAGAUUUCUUAAAGAUCAAAAGACAACAAAAGAUGAUAAAAAGAAAUCCGAAUUUAAAACAAAAUAUUAUAUCAUGGGCGGAUCCGGAAUUUUGAUUUUGUGUUGCAGUUUUCUUUGCCCUUGCUUUCAUACAAGAAAGAAGGAUAUGGCCCACACUGUUCUUAAGGAUCCAAGUUCAAUGGAUUCAGUUUCAUCUAUAGAAAUGAAUUCGGUUUCUGAAAAGGUUACAGCUAGUCCACUACGGGUCCCACCUAGUCCAGCUAGAUUCUCAAUGUCUCCAAAACUUGAUAGAGUUGGAUCAGUUCAUUUGACUAUGAGUCAAAUUGCAAGAGCUACCCAAAAUUUCUCUCCAUCUUUAAAAUUAGGUGAAGGGGGAUUUGGAACAGUUUACAAAGCUCAACUACCAGAUGGUCAAACGGUUGCCAUAAAACGAGCAAAGAAGGAACAAUUUGAUGCUCUACGAAGUGAAUUUAGAAGUGAGGUUGAACUACUUGCAAAAAUAGAUCAUAGGAAUCUUGUGAAGCUUCUUGGGUAUGUUGAUAAAGGAAAUGAGCGCCUUAUUAUUACAGAAUAUGUGCCUAAUGGUACACUUAGAGAACAUUUGGAUGGUGUUCAUGGAAAUUUCUUGGACUUUAGUCAACGACUUGAAAUCUCCAUCGAUAUUGCUCAUGGCUUAACAUAUCUCCAUCUAUACGCAGAAAAGCAAAUUAUACAUCGCGAUGUGAAGUCAUCGAAUAUUCUUUUAACGGAAAGAAUGAGAGGAAAAGUGGCGGAUUUUGGAUUUGCAAGAGUUGGAGAAGCGGAGACUGAUAACACACACGUUGUGACCAAAGUAAGAGGCACAGUUGGAUACCUUGACCCUGAAUAUAUGAGAACGUAUCAACUCACCCCAAAGAGUGAUGUUUACUCUUUUGGCAUUCUUCUUAUUGAAAUUCUUAUGGGUCGUCGCCCUAUUGAGUCAAGAAGAUCACCCGAGGAGAAGGUCACCAUAAGAUGGGCAUUUGGGAAGUACAAUGAAGGUGAGAUUAUGGAUUUGGUUGACCCACAUAUGAAAAUGAAAGAAGCGGUGGACACUGAAAUAUUUUCAAAGAUGCUCGGUUUAGCUUUUCAAUGUGCCGCCCCUACAAGGGCAGAUCGGCCGGAGAUGAAGGUGGUGGGGGAGCAGUUGUGGGUUAUCAGAAUGGAUUAUCUCAGACACGGAAAAAGAGGCUGAAUUCUGAUAUAAACAAGAAGCUUUGAAGCUUUUCUCAUUUGUACCCAUCACCUUUUUCAUGCUUAGAUGACUUGUACCAUGGUGUAGUGUACAAGCGUCUAAUGCGUGGAAUGCGGUACAAGUAUCUUAUGCAUGGGAUUUACGAGAAUGGUUUUGCCGAUUCCAUUUGAAGAUGGUUGAGUUUGGACUUUGUUGGUUGGAUUAGUUUUAUGUGUAUUUGUGCAUGAAAUACUUGUACCAUAUGUAUAUAUAUAAUGUAUUGUGAG